UUUCUAUAAUUCGUAAAAUCGUUAACAAAUUCUUGAUGAUUGACUUUACAUUUUUGCUCUUCAUUAUUGAUUUGGACCUCUCCUUCGUUACUGGAGCCUUAAGCUGAAAUCAUUACCUUUGGAUGGUCAUUUAUAGAAGAAUGCAUUAUCGUCUAUAUCUGCAAUUUUUUAUGAAAGCGUGGUUCUAUCAUGCAAGGCUGCAGAGAGCAGGAUUAGAAUACUUGGCUAUAGUUUUUUUGUGUAGAUAGAUGUUUAAUCACAUUAAGUAGGACGGGAAGAAAGCUCAUUCUUGCAAACUUUUUCAUCUAUUGAAACGGUAUAUUGUCUACAAUUGCGUUUAUUGCGGGUAACUGACAUCUUAUAAGUUGAAAAGGAAAAGCAAGAUUUUGAAUUAUGACCCGAGACGUAGAAGUGUAACAUGAAAAUUCAGAAUAAAAGGUGGCAUGGAAAAUGAUGAAAUGUUCAUUCCAGUUGGAGUAAAAGGGAAAUAACUGGUUAUGAACAUUUUGUAUCAUCUGAUGAAUGCUAGAUGCUACCAUGAUAGCAACUCUUCCUUAGAAUUGUUGAAGGCCUAUAUUAGAUAGACACCUGGGUUUGCCUGUGUGGUUCUGAUCGACUAAUUUUGGUCCUCAUGCUUCAUACUUCACGCCUUUUCGCAGCCCAGCUCCAAAGGAAUAUUUGCUUGUAGAAAACUGUUCUAUGACAACCUCUAGGAUAUGGGAGCCAUCCCAGGAGGAGUACUCCUCGGGCAGGAUCUUGAGUCUUGCUGGCUAGAGACCAAGAACAAUAGCCACAUCAGUCUCUUGGCCCUCCUGUAGACGAUUUCUGGACCUCCUUACCAGAGAUAUCUCUCUUGUUAUCCAUCCAAACACCAUCCUUGUUAUUUUGCAUCAUUCCUUUUGUGCUUUAAAAGAAAUCUGUUAUGAUUUUCUUCUCUGACGCCAUAUCUGACCAAAUUGCCAAUAGCCUGAUACCAUUCCUUUUCCAGCUCUACAUACUGUCUUUUCCCUUCACAAGUGAUGGAGCAAAAGGAGGAUUCAGCUUCAAGAGAAAACGAGCAACUUAAAGCACAGAUGCCACAAGUCUCAGAAGAAGCUAGUUACAACAAUAAUCAGCUUGAAUUUUCUUGCAGUCAUAUUUGUUCAUUCUCAAACCUGGAAUACAGCAUAUCAGACUCUGCAGAACGAUCAAAGUCAAGGGUGAAGCUUAUAGGGCUCAUAAUCUUUUACUCAGUAGUCAUGGUAGUAGAAAUUGUUGGUGGCAUGAAAGCCAAUAGCCUUGCUGUCCUUACGGAUGCAGCUCACAUGCUCACUGACAUUGCUGGAUCUUCCAUUUCUCUUUUUGCUGUAUGGGUGGCAGGCUGGGCAUCAACACCACGGCAGUCAUUUGGAUUCGGUCGUCUUGAAGUCAUGGGAGUCCUCCUAUCAGUACAGCUGAUAUGGCUUAUCUGUGGGAUUUUGAUUUACGAAGCAGUUGACAGAAUUCUCCACAAAAAUGCUAAGGUGAAUGGGAAACUCAUGUUUUUGAUUGCCUUAUUUGGAUUCUUGGUGAACUUGCUCAUGAUUUUCUGGCUUGGUCAUGAUCACACUCACCAUAGUCAUUCUCAUGAAUCUCAUGAAACCUGCAACAGUGGAGAGCAUGAUCAUGAAAUGGAGGAAUUAGAUGUCAUGGGCGUUGAAGACACCAUAGGUCUGGUAUCACCUUCCCCACUGAACGUAAAGAUUUUAAACAUAAACAUACAAGGUGCUUACCUGCAUGUUAUGACUGAUAUCAUCCAGAGUGUCGGGGUAAUGAUUUCUGGAUUGAUCGUAUGGGUUAAACCAGAGUGGCUGGUGGUUGAUCUGCUCUGCACUCUUGUCUUCUCCAUUGCUGCACUUGCCACGACUCUGCCCAUGCUGAAAAAGGUAUUCUGUAUAUUGAUGGAGAGAGCUCCGGAUGAGAUUGACAUUGCACUCCUUGAAAAUGGCUUGAAGAGCAUAGAAGGACUUCAUGAUGUUCACGACCUGCAUGUUUGGGCGAUCACUUCUGGGAAGUUUGUGUUGGCCUGCCACAUUGUGAUUGGCCCUGGAGCAAGUCAAAAUGAAAUGCUUAGUAAAGUUAGGGAUUACUGUGAGAGAAGUUUCAAAAUUCAUCACGUUACUAUACAAAUUGAUCGUCAAGUACACUAAAUGCAGCAUUUCUCGCUUAUUCAGUCC